UCGUCACUCGACACACUGGAGCGCUUCAAGUUGUCAGUGAGCAGUGCGCCUGCGCCACGUGCUAUUCUCUUGCUAUUCCUGUGUAGCAUCAUUUCGCUUCGUGUUUGUGCUAUUAAUUGUACGCGAAAAUAAUUGUGACGUGUUAUUUUGACUAACAGCUAAUAUCGUACAUACUUUGUACAUAUUACUUUAGUCUGGUACUGUGUGUGUCUGUAACAUUGUAAAAAUGAGUUUGGUAAAUAUAUCAAACCCGUUAUGGAAUUUCUACGUAAAGCUACCAUACGUAAGAGUUGCCAACUGCAAAAUUUGUAAAUGUGAUUACUCAUAUAAGACGUCUAUAACGAAUUUGAAAGCGCAUUUACGGAUGAAACAUAAAGCGGAAUAUAAAGCGUAUCUAGUAGAAGUGGAGAAGAGGAAACGUCGUCUCACAUUGAAGAUGUACAGGGGUGAAGAAGAUGAUGACGAGGAAGACUUCGAUGAAGACAAUUUGACUGAGUCACCUACAGGUGAACACAAAACCUGUCGCAUCUCUCUAAUCGAAAUUAAAAAAGAAGAUGACCAAGAUAUCAGCUCAGUUGAGGCAUGCCCCGAAGCCUCUACUUCAGAGCUACAGGCAGACUCUGCACCCCCAACGCCUCGAAUUAAAUAUGUUUUCACCAACGUUCUUGAUCAGAAACAGAAACUAAUCAACGGCAAACUCUUAAAGAUGAUUGUGAAGACAUAUCAACCUCUUUCUAUCGUCGAGGAUCAUGAUUUUAAGGACUUUGUAGAAGCUUUGAACGGCGAUUACCAAUUACCUUCACAUUUAGUUAUAUCAGAAAAAGUCAUACCGGCACUUUACGAGAAGUGUUUGAAUAGUCAAAAAAUAUUAAUACAAGAAGCAGAGUCUGUUUGUUUGACGAGCGAACUUUGGACCUCUACUAGUAAUGACACAUUUAUGUGCAUCUCUGGACACUACAUAAAUAAGGACUUUCAGUUCAAGUCAAUAGUGCUGAAAUGUUGGCACCUAAGUAGCUCGUACUCUAGUAUAGACCUUGCAACUAUCUUCAGAUUCACUUGCCUAGACUGGGGCAUAUUCGACAAAAUAAAUAUGUGUGUCACAGACAAUAACAGAGAUAUAAUAGAAGCAGUUACUUCAUUAGGUUGGGAGCACUGUUCUUGUAUAGCGCAAAAAUUAAACAAUAUUCUUCAAAGCUUUACCAAUAUUUAUGAGAGCACUUUAAAAAAAUUCAACACUAUUGCAUACCGUUACCAAUUGUGCAAUAAAGAAGAAAAAGGAUUGGAAAGUUCCCAAAGGAAAAACAUCGAUAAUGAAGUACCUCUGGAGUUCCUAAAUUCCAUGCCAACGAUGUGGAAUUCUAUUUAUCUCAUGAUAGAAAGGUUUCUCAAUCUAAAGAAUGAGGUAAAAGAAAUUGAUAAGAACAUCAUCACAGAUUUACCAAACAUCACCGAUGAUGAAUGGACCUCACUGAACCAAUUGUAUUUAAUGUUGAAACCUUUCCACGAAGCAAUCACUGAACUUAGCUCUGAAAAGUACAUUUACGCUUCAAAAGGAAUUGCUAUCAUUAACGGACUGAAGGAUGUGAUGAAGGAACUAGAGAAGAAGCCUCGAUAUCACAACUUCUUAGAAAAUAUUUUAAUACCAUUCAGUACCAAAUUAUAUGAAGAUUUUUCAAGUAAAGAGUAUGAAGCUAAGUUGGCCAUUUGUACUAUUUUAGACCCGAGAUACAAGACAGAGAUGUUCAUUGAUGAAGUUGUGGUGGAUACAGUUGAGGCUGCGAAAUCAAACUUAGUGUCAACGGUACAACAGAUGAUAAAAAAUGAAUGUCAAAAUGAAACGAAAAGUGAUGAAGGUGAUCAGAGUACGAUGGACGAUGACGCCGGUGAAAUUAAUUUGUGGCGGAGACGAAAUUUGUCUAUACAAAAUAGAAGGAGAUGUUCCGAUAUAAAUCAAUUAAUGUUGGCUCAACAAGAAGUGUCUACCUACCUUCAGGGCGAGCUUGCAGAAAGCAGCUGUGAUCCAUGUCAAUGGUGGCAGACAAACCAGCUGAAAUAUCCUCAUUUGGCGAAGAUUUUCAAAACGAAAUGCAACAUUGUGGCGAAUUCAGUACCAAGCGAGCUAAUAUUCACAAAAAAUGGUGUUGCACUGAGAGACAGGAGGGCGAGGCUGCCUCUUGAGGAGACAGAACAAUUUGUGGUGUUGAAUGCUAAUUUAUCAGAAGCUGAUUAUGAGGAGUUCGUGCCUCGGAUUCAAGGAAAGCUAUUCAAUGGAAGAAAUUCUACCGAUACACGCAUGGUGACACCUUAAGAGGUAAGAUAUUGCUAACUUUGUAUUUGUAUGCCAUGUCUUUACCAUGUAUUCUAAGGAAUAGUUUUUAUUUUAAAUAGAUAAAUUGAUCCAUUAAUAAUGAUGACG